GACUCUGAGGAGGAAGACAGUGAGUUGGAGGCCAUAAGUAAGAAGCUGAUAAGUCCACAAAGUUUUCAAAGUUUCCGGCCUUAUGUACCAGAGGAGUUUGCUGACUUCAGUGUUUACAAUGCUAGCCUGGAGAGCAGGGAAUGGUUUUCUUCUAAAUCAGACUUCAUGAGUUCACGUGUUCUUGAGAAAGAGGUAUCCCGCAGCCCCACCACUAGCAGCAUUACUAGUGGCUACUUUUCCCACAGUGCCUCUAAUGCUACUCUGUCUGACAUGCUUGUUCCUUGUAGUGAAAGCACAGACCAGCUAGCCAGUCACACAAAGGAGCUGGACUCUAAUGAUCCCUCUGGGUCAUCUCUUGCACAUGAUUUAAGAUCCUCUUCAAACAGGGAAUGUCGAGAGUCAGAGAAGGACUUAGUGAAAGAAAAAUUACCUGUGUUACCACUGAAAGAAAACAGUGCCUUAACGGAACAAGCACCAGUGUCCCUCGAUGCCACUGAUAGAGACUCUCAGCAGUUCCCCAGAGCUGGAUUGUUUUCAGCUUUAAGUUCCACAGAUGGCAAAAAUACCUGUCGUACAAUUGAAUUUUCAGCGCCGGAAGCAACGGUCGAGCACACGACGGACAUCCUGGAAGAUCACUCCUUUACAGAGUUCAUGGGCGUCGAGGAUGGGAAGGACUUUGACCACUCGACAGCUCCCCAGUCAUGUUGCCUUGUGUCCUCUAACGGAGUGAGUGCCUCGGAGCUGCCCCCUGGCACUGACAAGGAGCCCAGCACCUGCCUGGGCUCUGCAGCAGCAGGUGACGGGCUUGCAGAUGCUGUGGGAAGCCCACUGUGUUCUGUACUGGUAAAAGAGACUUCAGACCUUGAGACUUACCCUGACACUUCUGUAGAUGAUUUGAUUGGGAAGGACCACUUGGAUGGUUCUGAUUGUGAAGAAGGUGCUUCUGCAGAUCAAGCCCAUGCCUUGCCUAGCUGGGUGGCAGUGGGUGAACAAGUCUGUGUUGGAAGUAAUAAGAUGGGAACAGUGAGAUACGUUGGAACGGUGGAUUUUUCAGCUGGAAUCUGGGUUGGAGUUGAACUACAUGUUCAGCUGGGGAAGCAUGAUGGAACUGUAAAAGGCAGAGAGUACUUCCACUGCAAACCACGACACGGCGUCUUUGUUCGUCCCGGGCGCCUCAGCAAGGCACCAGCUCCCACCAGGAAGUGGAGCAGCACUUCACGCUCUCAGGCAUCUUCCACCUUAGAGAAACGGAAAGGUUCUGUCCUUCAAGGCUCAUCCUCUGCUCCUAAAACAGGAGAAGUCCUUUGCCAUUCAGGAGAUGCGGCGGCUUCUGCUUUUUCUAGGAAACAGGAGAACAGGAAAUCUUGGAUUAACUAAACUGCAGUAUUUUUUGCACUUACUACACACAUCACUGUGUGGAAAAUUUUAUGGAUAUUUGAAGCUAUUGUACAUUUUAAUCUGUCCAUACGGAAUGUGUAUUCUCUAGAGUCCUUGACUUAAUUCUCUAAUUUUUUAUAAAUAAUAUAUAUAUAUUAUAUAUAUAUAUGAAUGUGUAUCUAUAGUUUGUCUGCCAGUGGGCAGAUACGGCUGCACACUAAAAUACAGUUAAAGCUGACCUGUAGAUAAGUGAGGUACUGGACUAUUUGUUACACAACAACUUGGGAGAUA